CCCGGCAGGAGGGACUUCUACAAGAUCCUGGGGGUGUCCCGCGGCGCCUCCAUCAAGGACAUCAAGAAGGCCUACCGGAAACUGGCGCUGCAGCUCCAUCCCGACAGGAACCCCGACGACCCCCGGGCGCAAGAGAAGUUCCAGGACCUGGGGGCCGCCUACGAGGUGCUGUCGGAUGAGGAGAAGAGGAAGCAGUACGAUGCGUAUGGUGAGGAGGGAUUGAAGGAUGGGCACCAGAGCUCCCACGGAGACAUCUUCUCACACUUCUUUGGGGACUUUGGAUUCAUGUUUGGAGGUAACCCUCGCCAGCAAGACAGGAACAUUCCCCGAGGAAGUGACAUCAUCGUGGACCUGGAGGUUACAUUGGAGGAGGUGUAUUCGGGAAACUUCGUAGAAGUUGUCAGGAACAAGCCAGUGGCAAGACAGGCACCUGGCAAACGGAAAUGCAAUUGCCGGCAGGAGAUGAGGACCACCCAGUUGGGUCCUGGACGUUUCCAGAUGACUCAAGAAGUUGUUUGUGAUGAAUGUCCAAAUGUCAAGCUUGUGAAUGAGGAGCGAACGCUAGAAGUGGAGAUAGAGCCAGGCGUGAGGGAUGGUAUGGAGUAUCCCUUCAUUGGGGAAGGUGAACCCCACGUGGAUGGGGAGCCAGGUGAUUUGCGCUUCCGAAUAAAAGUUCUUAAGCACCCAGUCUUUGAAAGAAGAGGCGAUGACUUGUAUACAAAUGUGACAAUCUCACUGGUCGAGGCACUUACGGGCUUUGAAAUGGAUAUCACUCACUUGGAUGGGCAUAAGGUUCACAUUGCUCGGGAUAAAAUUACAAAACCCGGGGCCAAACUGUGGAAGAAAGGAGAAGGUCUUCCAAAUUUUGAUAACAAUAAUAUCAAAGGCUCGCUAAUAGUAACAUUUGAUGUGGAGUUCCCCAAAGAGCAACUGACAAAUGAACAGCGGGAAGGUCUCAAACAGUUGUUGAAACAAGGAUCGGUGCAGAAGGUGUACAAUGGAUUGCAGGGAUAUUGAUGUGUGGAAAAAUUGGACCUAACUGAAAAUGAAAAGUCAGACUUGUUCACAGUCUUUUCUCCUGCCCACUGUAGAAUGAAAAAGAGGGAGGGUGGGGCAAUUCUUGAGGUAUAUAUAAUUUUUUCCUUUGUAAAUGGUGGAAGUGCUCAGACGAGUUGGGGGAAAUAGUACCCUUUUCAGGACAUAACUGGUGCUGCCUAUCAUGUUCCACGUCCUGGAACAACAAAGAGACUCCUUGAGCAGAAAAAAAGUGGGGAAAGGAGUUUUAAAUUCCACGCAGAUUGGAAUUUCUGGUUUUUAAAUAUAUUUUGAUGUGACUUUUCUUGACCAUCUCAACGUAUUUUCAUAGUUUCUCCUGCUUUUAUGUCCUUCGUGUCAGUCUCUUCUGAGUUUCUGUUUUGGUUUUUUUAAUCCCAGCCCUUCUUGCCCUUUCUCUCUGAGUCCAGAGUGUGGUAUUCCUUCAGAGUUUGUGUUUCUGGGGCAGGAGUACAGGCGCUGUUGGGAGUGGACUGGCAGGAGAGCCUUUAUGGGCUAUGUUAGGCCCCACAUAUGGUUGGGAAAGCAGGGGAAAAGGGUCUUUUAAGGCUCCUGUGGACUCUCUUAACUACCAAGUAGUCCUCUUGUCCCAAAAGUUAAUGCUUGGUUUUAAAUUUGAAGUCACAACAGCUUAGCAAAGACUCCUCAGACUUUAACAGUGGGAUUUGAGAAAAUAAUGGGAAUGGCUCUCCAUGGCCUUGAUUCUUUCUCUUUGCCCCAAAGGUAACCAACCAUCUGGAAAAGUUCACUUACCUCCUACACUCAGUCCUCUGUGAGGACGGGUGAAGCUAACAGCACAGAAAUAAAGAUGUUUGAGUUG